AUGGCUGAUCUGCUUGCCGCGCUUGACCCACCCAUUUCGGAGAUUAGUUAUACUGGAGGUCAGGGUAAAGAGCGUCUGUUCGUCGCGGUCCGACCUCAUCGGCACGCGCCACGGCGCCGCGCCGCCGCUGCCCUCCAGCUCUCCCUCUUCGCGUCGCUUCUCCUUUCCGCAGUCCCUGUGAUGUGCGGCGUCAAUCGCGCUGAUCAUUCCCGGGUCGAGCGCGCGCCGAGUAGAGGGAAUGGCGGCGGGGGGGCGGCUGCUCUCGCGUCCUCUGCUGCGGCUCGACAAACAGGAGCCGUUGCUGGCGAGUCGAGGCGGGAAACUCUCUCAUUGGCUCCUCGGCUGGCGGCCACGUGGCGUACUCCCGUUGGCGUUCACCGUCUCAGGUAUCAGGGGAAGCGCGGCGGAAGUGCCGUCCUCACUGCAGCUGGUAACCAGGCACUCUCCCCACCCCCCCCUUCCGUUCCUCCUCCAGCUCCACUCUCCGCUCCUUCACCCAAGCAGUCCCUUUCACUUUCCUUAGCAGCAGCAACCCCAGCAGAAGCAGAAACAGAAGCAGAAGCUGAAGCAGUAGGAGGAGGAGGAAAGUUACGGGCAGCAAUUGCGAGGUUGAACGCGCGUUCUGGUCAAAGAGAAAGCAGUGGGAACUUCACAGCAGGUGCAGCAGGCGCAGCAGCAGCAGCAGCCGCAGCAGCUGAAGUCUCAUCCCCUAGUGUCCCAUUCAAUAAUAUCACCUUCAAUAAUAUCACCUUUAAUAAUGUCACGCUCAAUAACGCCCCUCUCAAUAAGCCGCUCUCCAAGGGGGGGAUGAAGCAUGGCUGUCACAGGUGGCCGUGCAGCGCGCGCCCGGGGCUGUGCGGAGUGAUGCAUCGCCCCAUCCGCGUCUACCUCAUCUGCCUGUGCGGAGUGAUGCAUCGCCCCAUCCACGUCUACCUCAUCUGGUUCGGCCCGUUCUCCGCCGCGCAGAAGAACAUUCUCAGAGGCUUCAUCCGUCCCCGGCUGGUGGGACAUCAACCGUCAGUACCACGACUGCAAGGGCCGCCCGGUUUCCUCCUCCGUGACGCUCAAAGGCGAGUCAUCAUACCCGUUCGGCCGCCGUUCCUCCCGCCGCCCGGCUUCCCGCCGCCCGACUUCCGGCGGCCUGACUUCCCGCCGCCCAUCUUCCAGCCGCCCAUUUUCCAGCCGCCCGGUUACCCGGCAUUCGGCUGA